AUGGCGGACCGAACCAGCAGCUUCCCCGCGCCCGCAUCUGCACCCUCUGUCCCACUCUACCAGCGCCUCUGGCAGUGCAUUCCCGGCUCCACAGACACAGCCACCGAGCCGGCCGGCCGUCCUGCUGCUGAGCCAUCUGCGGAACCACGCGAUGCAGAGCUCAUGCCCAGCUUCCCCCAGCCUACCAAGGAGCUGCACGGUCUUGCCAAAGCCUCGUCAAAAGAGGACCUCGAGCCGCUCGGCGAAGACUUCGAGCUGAUUCACAACAGCCGCAUUCCCAAGAACCUGCCAAUCUCAAGCAAAUACCGCCUACGCGCCGCUCUGUCCACCAAGCCGCAGACGAAAGAACAAUACGCCCUCCUCACCGCCCUACGCUCCGCCCUACAGCCGACAGAGCAGAAGCCCGACCUAGCGCAUAUUAUAGCGCUCGUCACGGAGCUAGAGGCCUUAGCGCGCCGGCUAGAGCUCGAAGAGCUCUUCUGCGAUGAGGGGAGCAGCGCUUCCGACCACGUGAAGCAGCAUCUUGGCGCGCGGAAUGCGGUUUGUGCGUAUCGGAGGGAGGAGAGUCGGUGCCCUGAGGAGGUGGUUGCGACGGCGGAGUUGAGGUGCUUAGGGGGGGAGAGCUGGGUUUUGCUUUAG